CCGGGGGAGCGGGAGUGGGGAGAGGGGUGGGGACACCCGUGUUUUGGGAGGAUCGGUAGCUCAGGAAAACGGCGGUGGCGCCGGGAGGAGGGCGGAGAUUUGUGUGAGAGUAUCGGGGGCGGAGUACAACAGGCUCCCCGCUGGAUCGGACGAAAGAUCCUUGUCGUCCGGUGGCAGAAGACCGCUCGAUGCUUUCGGCUAUUACCCUCCAGCAGCAGCAGCAGACAUUGCUGAUGGAUGAGCUAGUACAUGAUUUGGCCUCAGCUCUUGAGCAGACCUCUGAACAGAACAAGCUGGAUGAAUUAUGGGAAGAAAUGACUCUGAGCCCAAGGCAGCAGCGUCGACAGCUUCGUAAGAGACGGGGACGCAAGCGGCGUUCAGACCUUACACACCAAGCGGAACAUGCUUGCUGUUAUAGUGGGGCCUCAGAAUCCAGCCUAGAAGAAGUUGUGGAGGACUGCCGGGAAGUGCUAACUGCUUACUUUAGUGACUCUGAUGACAUGGCAAUAGCCAAACAUCCAACUCUCAGCACAGCUCUCAAGAAUAAGCAACACUCAUGGCAUGAAUCAGACUCCUUCACUGAGAAUGCACCUUGUCGACCCUUAAGGCGCCGUCGAAAAGUUAAGCGUGUGACAUCAGAAGUGGCAGCUAGCCUUCAGCAGAAACUCCGAGUAUCGGAAUGGACUUAUGAGAAGGGCUGCAGAUUCAAAUCAGCUAAAAAGCAGCGCCUGUCCCGUUGGAAGGAGAAUGCUCCCUGGACAUCAACUGGCCGUGGACUCUGUGAGUCAGCAGAGACCAGGGCCUUCCUCAGCAAAGGGGGAAGGAAUGAAAGGAUGGAGUGUGAAGCAGAUGAACAGAAACAAGGUUCUGAUGAAAACAUGUCAGAAUGUGAAACCAGCAGUGUUUGCAGCAGCAGUGACACUGGCCUUUUCACCAAUGAUGAAGGUCGCCAAGGUGAUGAUGAACAGAGUGAUUGGUUCUAUGAGGGCGAAUGUGUCUCAGGAUUCACAGUUCCCAAUCUUUUGCCCAAGUGGGGACCUGACCGCCCAUCUGAUAUGGAACGAAUGGACUCGAGCCUUGAAAAAAUCUCAGAGCCAACAUUCCUUCUGCCCUCUCGGCCUGUUACAAGAGGAUUUCACCCUCGCUUGAACCGUCUUCCCAGUGUUGCUACCCGCUGUCUUAGGAAGGGCCGUAGAAGGCUGGUUAGCAAGGAGACCAUCAUGAAUGCAAUGGGUACUGAGAGGAUUAGCCACAUCAUUGGUGAUUCCUGCCAAAAAGAAAAGAACAAAGUGCUGGCUUCCAAUUUCUUCCACAUUGCAGCCUGGGUCCACGAGUUCAGCCCAUUAUCUCCACUGUAUUCCUUGGAUGUUCUUGCUGAUGCUUCACAUCGAAGAUGCUCACCAGCACGCUGCUCAGCCAGGCAGACUAAUAUACACCUGGGACCACCGUGCUCAAGGGACAUCAAGAGGAAACGCAAACCAGUCAUGGCAACAGCCUCACUUUCCAGCCCCAACUCAGCAGCUUUAUCUAUCCACAUAGAUGCAUCAAACCCUGAUCUGCCUGUGACCCACCAGAACUGACUCUGGAGCCAGAAUCGAUCCACCAUCCGAAAGAAUCAUCAUGGUCACUCCCAACAGCUUUUUAAAAAAUGUCGUAUGAGACGGUACUAAAAGCAGGCCAUUCUUCUAUUGGCAACUAGUUCUGUUUUUUAAUCUGUUGGACUCCAGAGUAUAUUACAAUUUUUAUCAGUUGCCUUGACUGGCAAUAAAUGUCUCUCAGUAUUAUUAUGUGACAUGUCAAUAUUAUUUGAUUAUUCAAUAUAUCCUGCAAAUCAUGUUUAUAUACAAAUGCAAAUGUAAUCAGUGUUGAGAUUUCUAUACUAGUAAUGUUUCUAUUGGUGUGCAAAUUAGGUAUUGCACACCCUUACUUCUUUGUUCUCAAAGCAAACAAAUAUUGUGGAUAUGUGCAAAAUGUUAUUGUUUAUUGAAAAUGCUUACUUUUGUUACUGACCUCUUCAUAUUUGGAAGUAUCCAUUGUACUAAAAUUUCUGUAUUAAACAGGGAAAUGUUCUAAUUGCAGUAUUUUGAAGAAGCAGACUCUGUCAUUCCAGCAUGGAUGAUUUGAUUAGAGUGAAUACGAUAGAUGUUUGGUAUGGAUUGGGUAACCUGAGUGCUACAAAGGGUUCAUUUUCCCAACAGUUACUUGUUAGAAAAAAAAUCAAGCACAAUAUAGGAAAUCCUCCAUUUAUAUCCCUUCAUUCAGUGAUUGUUCAGAGUUUGGGUGGUACUGAAAAAAUGAAAAUAUGACUGGUCUUCAAGACUUUUUGGCCAUUGUACAACCCUUAUAACACACGAUUGCAAUCUGAGCUUCUGGGUGUCUGGUUUGUGAUACAACAUCACCAGGAACCAUGUUAUGGAAUUGCUAUUUGCAACUUUCCUGUUGACUUCAUAGGGAAGCCAACAGGAAAAGUUGCCAGUUGCUCCAGUAAGUCGCUCCCGCUCUUUCACUAUCCUGCAACACCCCCUACCCAGUCCCAAUUUUCAUCAUAACCCAAAGAUUACCUGUAUGCUGGUUAAAUCUCUUUUAAGUGGUUCUUUAUGUAGAAUGAUCCUUUCUGAUUUUUUCCUUCCAGAACCACUGGAAUGUCCUAAACUUGAUUUAAAUGAGAUGCAUUUCCCCUUUGAGCUCACUUUUCUAUUUUCCCUGUGAACAACCAAUGGAAUGAUAAUUUCUGGAAUGAAUUGUUAUGUCAAGAAACCUUGAAAUAUAUAGUAUUUUGAAGUGAUUGAUAAUGAAAACGGGCGACCAGCAGGAUAUACUCUGAAUAUUAUUUUAAUAGACAUCUGCUGUAUUACCCUGAUGUAUGUUGCUGUAUUACAGCCUUUUAGGUAAAGUAGUUUGGAGCCCUCAGCUUCUGAAAGCCCAGGCACACAACUGUUUUUAAAUAAAAAGUAGCUAGGAUGCAUUUGGGUCAUUGUGGAACAUAGUAGCUAUGUUUGCCCUAAAUCCCACUGCCAGCUAACCAACUUCCAUCUCUAUUUUAGGCUUCUAGAGCCUUUUCACAGGGGCUGAGCCAUUGCUACACUGGUCUCCCUUUCCUGCUUGAUUUCUACCCCUCGGCUACUUCAUGGUCCUCAGUUAGAGUUUAUCAUGAUGACCCUGGCUUUUCAUCUUUUACAAUCUCUGUCCAGCAUAGAACAUAAAAAACAGCUCAGAUUAUCACUCCUCUUGACAUACUCCUAAGCACAGCUGCAUAAAUAUUGCUUGGUUUCCUAGACACAAAUAAAAAACUAACAUCAGCAACAGCAAAACCAUCCUGAAUUGAGAUUUCCACCUUUUAAAAAUAUUCCAUAUUUUGGCCUCAACUUUUGUUGUAGUUCUCAGAAGGAUGUUCAUUUAAACUGAAUAUCUGUUGGUACAAGUGAUAGCACAGAUAUAAAAGUUUAAAAGGAAUGGCUUCCCAUUAUUCUGAAGUAGCACGCAAUACAGUUGCAAUAUUUUCCAGAUGAGCUUAAUAUGGGAGAAGUUUUUAAAUUUUAUCUUUUGUGAAUCACUUGUAUAUGUGUGUGUAUAUACAAUUAUAUAUGUGAAUGGCUAUUUUUUUUGAAGCACUGUUUACUGGUUUGUAUUUUUUAUUUUGUAUGUUUUUACCUGUUACUCCUAUCGUGGUAAAGAGUCAUCAUAUGUGAACAGGACUGCAAAAUAGUCCACAUUUCAGGUAUCAGCAUUCAUAUUUAGGGGCCUGACAACUAGAUGUCCAUAUAAUCAGUCCAGCACGCUUUGCUACACUAUAUUAUAUGCCUUUUGGUGCUUUCUUAAAUCAUCUGCCCUUCUCUGUUAGAAAUCUGCUGCAUUUAAUGUUGACAAGUUAAAAUGAUUGAGUGUUGAAUAGGACACCACAGUAAUACAUUUGAUUUGUACCCAAUAUAUUAGGGUACAAAAAUCAGAGUGAAUGGGGCUGCAGGCUUGGGUGGAUCUUGAAAUUUAAGUAGGCAGCAAUUUUCCCUUGUGGCAUUUGGUGUAUUCAGCUAGCAGUUGAAAUGAUGCUUAGGAACAGAGAAAGGAUUGGUAUGUUUCAUAUGCUUUUGUAAUGUGUUAUGUCAAUUGAUAAUAUUAAAGAAUUACAUACAAAAUUAACAAAUGUACUAAUUCUAUAUAAAUAUUUGAUUGCAAACAGGCA